AUGACGACUAGUGGUGAUCAACAGGGACCUGCAUCAGGUCCGAAAAGACAGAAAAAGUCCAAAUUUGGAAGAUCGGAGCUUCGUUCUGUCACUAGAACAAGUCGUAGGAACGAUUCAAGAGAGGAAAAAUUAGACAAUGAUGACAAUGCCGAUAGGGGACAAUACGGUGAUGUUGCUUCAGAUGAUGAUAUAGAUGAUGAUUUUGAUAAAGAUGUGAGAAAGACCACCAUUGCUUCCAAGAGAAUAAAUAGAAAGGAAAACAAGAUGGCGUACUCGGCUUUGAUAUCAUUGUUGAAAUCUGAACACCAGAUUGAUGAGCUCAAAGACGGCCAAGGAGAUGAGCCGGAAGAAUCUGCAAGCGAAGAAGACGAUCAAAACACUGAUAGUGGGUCUGAUGAGGAGCGACACCGUGAAGUGGAAGAUUUUUUGGAUGAAGAGGAAAAGUUGCAAGAUAAUAUUGACGUUCACAAUAAAUACGACUCCUUUAACCUUCAUUUUAACCAGGAAAAAGAGAUCUCGGAAGCCAUAGACAAAUAUGAAUCUCUUCCUGUGAAAGACAGGAGAAUAAAGUUGAUUUCAAAAGAAGAAAUUGCAGAUGACGAAGAGAAGUAUGUGAGGUACAGGUAUGGUUAUCCGCAGGCUAAUCCUGAACUUGCGGAAAAGCGUAAGACAGGAACUAUGCUUGAACAAAAAUUGAAGUAUCAUAAUGUGAAGAAGAGAAUUCAAGAAAAAUUUAACAAUUUCAGUGAUAUUCGACGUUUAGAUACAGAACUAAUUGAAUCUAUGCUCACUUAUGAAACUUUCAAUUUCCAAUAUUUGAACAAUGAAAGAAUCAAAGGAAAGUAUCAAGAUUAUUAUCUUCUCCAUGCUAUGAAUCAUUUGAUGAAGACUAGAGAUCGUAUUUUGAACAACAAUGAGAAAAAAACAUUGUAUGAAAAACGAAUCAAAGAGGGCAGUAAUGAUGAGGAGAAUGAUGAUGGAAUAGAACCUGAAUACAGGGAUCAAGGAUAUACGAGGCCAAAAAUUUUGAUUUUGCUUCCGAGUAGAAACUUUGCAUAUACUGUUGUCAGUAAAUUGAUUGACAAUUUGCAAAUGGAGAAUGUUGAAAACAAAAAAAAGUUCAAAACUCAAUUUUAUGAUAGUUCUAAAAUCAGUGAUAGAGUAUAUCACUCAAGACCCAAGGAUUUUGAAGAAUAUUUUGAUGGUAACACGUCUGAUUUGUUUGUGCUCGGUAUCAAGUAUACCCGUAAAACAUUGAAACUAUAUUCACCAUUGGAGCAGUCAGAUAUAAUAGUCGCCUCACCGAUAGGGCUGUUGAAAUUAUACAACAAGAUUGAAUCACAAGCUCCAAAAAAGAAAGUUGACAAAAACGACAAGAACAAUGAAGGAAUGAAAAAUAACUUUUUGAGUUCCAUUGAAAUGUGUAUAUUGGACAAAGCUGAAGGUAUGAUGAUGCAAAACUGGUCCAAUGUUACUGACAUCUUAAAAAAGCAUUUGAACCAGACUCCCAAAGAGUUCAUCAAUGUUGAUUUCUCCAGAAUCAGGAUGUGGGCUAUCAAUGAGCAAAGUCAAUACUUAACUCAAUUCAUGUGCUUUGACAAGUAUACUACACCCGAGAUGAUAUCUCUCGUCAAAGGUUCGAAAAAUGUUCUUUCUGGUUCCACCUCGUAUAUACCAUUGGAGCAAAUGAGUGUUAUUGACUCGACAAACUAUAAGUUAUAUCAGCUAGGAUUAGUCAACAAGUUUGAACGGUUGAAGCAAACUUUCAUGAGGUUUGACUUUGACGAAAGUUCGAUUGCUAAUGAGCCAGAAAAAAGAUUUGAGUUUUUCAAGAACGUUGUUCUACCUCAAAUGAACAAGAGCAGUUACAAAUAUGGUACUUUAGUUUACAUUCCAAGUUAUUUCGACUACCUCCGAGUCAAAAAAUAUUUGAACGACGAGUCUAGUAUUUCGUUUGUUGCGAUAGAUGAAUAUUCAAGCAAUUCUCGGUUGACGAGAAACAGAGCACUUUUUAAAAACAAAGCUAAUACUGCCACCCUCAUGUUGUAUACUGAGAGAUUACACUUUUAUAAACGGUUUGAUCUGAAGGGUGUUAGGAAUGUCAUCUUUUACCAACUUCCCUCCGACCCCGAUUUUUACCAACAGGUCUUGGAGUUCGUUGCCAACGAGAAACUUCAAGAUGACCUUGAUUUGAACCUUUGUAUGGUGCGUUCAAUCUACAGCAAACUUGAUGCCAUGAGGUUCGGACCAAUUGUCGGAACAAACAAUGUUGCCCGUCUUGCUCGUGGAGCAAAUGAGCUGACAGAAUUCAGUUAG